GCCACGUUGUCCUGCGUUCCCCGAGCGCCGGCCCCGCGAGUGCGGCCGGUGGCGCCCCUCGGCCGCCCACGUCGCGCCGCAGCGGGGCUCAGCGGGGCCCCGGGGCCCGCCCCCACGCCCGCUCCGCAGGGCGCGGCGGCGCAGGGAGGGCCGAGACACGCGGGGGCCCGCGCGCGCGUCCGAGAUCCGGGCCGGGAGGUGCCGCCCUCCGCCCGCCCGCCUCCCCGCGCCGCCCAGAAGCGGCGAGCGGGAGGGCGCGCGGUAGAGUUGGGCUCCGCGCAGAGCUGGGCGCCGGGGCCCAUGCCCGUGCGCCCCCGCGGGCCCGCGCCAUGGCCUCCGGGAGCGUGGCCGAGUGCUUGCAGCAGGAGACCACCUGCCCCGUGUGCCUGCAGUACUUUGCCGAGCCCAUGAUGCUCGACUGCGGCCACAACAUCUGUUGCGCGUGUCUCACCCGCUGCUGGGGCGCGGCGGAGACCAACGUGUCGUGUCCGCAGUGCCGGGAGACCUUCCCGCAGCGGCACCUGCGGCCCAACCGGCACCUGGCCAACGUGACCCAGCUGGUGAAGCAGCUGCGCACCGAGCGGCCGUCGGGGCCCGGGGGCGAGAUGGGCGUGUGCGAGAAGCACCGCGAGCCGCUGAAGCUGUACUGCGAGCAGGACCAGAUGCCCAUCUGCGUGGUGUGCGACCGCUCCCGCGAGCACCGCGGCCACAGCGUGCUGCCGCUCGAGGAGGCGGUGGACGGCUUCAAGGAGCAAAUCCAGAACCAGCUGGACCACCUGAAAAGAGUGAAGGACUUGAAGAAGAGGCGCCGGGCGCAGGGAGAGCAAGCGCGGGCUGAACUCUUGAGCCUGACCCAGAUGGAGAGGGAGAAGAUCGUCUGGGAGUUCGAGCAGCUCUAUCACUCCCUGAAGGAGCAUGAGUACCGCCUCCUGGCCCGCCUCGAGGAGCUGGAUCUGGCCAUCUACAAUAGCAUCAAUGGCGCUGUCGCCCAGUUCUCCUGCAACAUCUCCCACCUGAGCGGCCUGAUCGCCCAGCUGGAAGAGAAGCAACAACAACCCACCAGGGAGCUCCUGCAGGACAUCGGGGACACAUUGAGCAGAGCUGAAAGAAUCAGGAUCCCUGAGCCCUGGAUCACACCUCCAGAUCUGCAAGAGAAAAUCCACAUUUUUGCACAAAAAUGUCUAUUCUUGACCGAGAGCCUGAAGCAGUUCACAGAAAAAAUGCAGUCAGAUAUGGAGAAAAUCCAAGAAUUGAGAGAAGCUCAGUUAUACUCAGUGGAUGUGACUCUGGACCCAGACACAGCCUACCCCAGCUUGAUCCUCUCCGAUAACCUGCGGCAAGUGCGGUACAGUUACCUCCAGCAGGACCUGCCUGACAACCCCGAGCGUUUCAAUCUCUUUCCCUGUGUCUUGGGCUCUCCAUGCUUCAUCGCUGGGAGACAUUACUGGGAGGUAGAGGUGGGAGAUAAAGCCAAGUGGACCAUAGGUGUCUGUGAAGACUCAGUGUGCAGAAAAGGUGGAGUCACCUCGGCCCCCCAGAAUGGAUUCUGGGCAGUGUCCUUGUGGUAUGGGAAAGAAUACUGGGCUCUUACUUCCCCAAUGACUGCCCUCCCCCUGCGGACCCCGCUCCAGCGGGUGGGCAUUUUCUUGGACUAUGAUGCUGGCGAGGUCUCCUUCUACAACGUGACAGAGAGGUGUCACACCUUUACUUUCUCUCACGCUACCUUCUGUGGGCCUGUCCGGCCCUACUUCAGUCUGAGUUACUCGGGAGGGAAGAGCGCAGCCCCUCUCAUCAUCUGCCCCAUGAGCGGCAUCGAUGGGUUUUCUGGCCAUGUUGGCAGUCAUGCUCAUUCCAUGGAGACCUCCCCUUGAGGAGGUGAACUCGGGCCAGGAGGGCUGUUGGCCAUAACCCUACCCUAGGCAUAAGGCAUCUUGUUGCCUUGCCUCCUUCCGCUCGUCACGGCUGGAAGUCCUUGCCACUCCCCAUGACCUGCCGUGGGAGACGGGUGUCCACUCUCCUUUCCCUUCCCAGGCAAACUGUCAGAUUGCCCAGAAAUAAAAACCCGGUGU